AUGGGUCCUAUCACAUUACCAUUCUACGCCCAGACCAGCGACUUCCCAUGUGCUCUCCCGACUAAGGAUCAAAUCCAUAGUUCUCAAGAACUAUUUCUCGAUUAUGGCGAAGGCCGCAAGGUCGUUGGGGUAGGCCCAAAGUUCGUCGUCAAGUAUGGCGGUAACGUCGAAUUAAUAGAGGGGGAGAACAUGCAUUUCGUCGCCCAACUCAACUCAAAAGCCGUUCGUGUACCAAAACUGUAUGCACUCUACGAGGAUGCCACGAACCAAGCGACAUAUAUCGUCAUGGAAAGAGUCAAUGGCCUUGUUCUAUCUUCGGCCUGGAGUUCGCUCAGCAAGCCACAGAAAGAAAUCAUUUGCACGAAACUACGCCUUGCCAUGGAUACUCUACGCAAGAUCCCCUCGCCAGGCAGGUAUUGCAGUAUUGGGAAACGACCUUUGGAGGAUUGUAUGUUCUGGAGUAGAGAAGAAACUGAUGCCGACAAGCAUGCCGACAAGCAAAUACCGGUACAAUUCGAAUCCUCAAUCUUCGGACCUCUAAAUGGACCAUUCAAUACCGAAGAAGAAGUCAACUCCGCAAUGAUCGAGAAAUAUCUGUUCAACAACUUGCCGCCAGGAAAAGCAGUAUUCUACGAAAGGACUCUACCACAUGUAUUAUGUGACCAUCCUCCAGUCUUUACCCAUGGAGAUUUGCAACGCAAGAAUAUCAUCAUCAGUCGACUGCCAAAUGUGGACGAGAAUAGCGCAGUGGUAGAUGAUGAGAUGGAAGUCGUACUUCUGGAUUGGGAGGUGUCUGGUUGGUACCCGAGUUAUUGGGAACAUGCAAGGGCGAUGCAGGGAUGUGGACAUUUUGAGGAUGAUUGGCAUUAUUGGCUAGGACAAAUUGUAGACGAAUAUCUGAAGAAAUGGGCUUGGGUGAAUAUGAUGUUUUUGGAGCUGUGGUCAUAG